GAGUGCGCCAUCCAGUGGGCCACGCAGGACCACCCCAUAAUCAACCGCGCGCCGUGGUCCAAGCGCGAGGAGCGCGCGCUGGCGGCUGCCGUCGCCGAGCACGGCGGCCGCGACUGGGUGGCCAUCGCCAAGGUGCUGGGCACCCAGCGCACGGCCGCGCAGUGCUUCCAGGUGUUCCAGCGCAAGCUCAACGCCGACAUGUCGCGGUCCAAGUGGUCGCCCGAGGAGGACCGCGUGCUGACCGAGGCCGUCAUGGCGUACGGCGAGGGCGACUGGCAGGCCGUGGCCGCGUGCCUCGACAACCGCACGGGCCAGCAGGUGCUGCACCGCUGGUGCAAGUCCAUCAACCCGGCCAUCCGCUCGGGCCGCUGGGACCGCGACGAGGACGUGGCGCUGCUGGCCGCCGUGCGGCUGUACGGCGUUGGCCAGUGGACCAAGAUCGCCAAGCACGUGCCGGGCCGCACCGACGUCAAGUGCCGCGAGCGCUACAUGAACGUGCUGACUCCCGACGUCAACAACGCGCAGUGGUCGCCCGACGAGGACGCGCGGCUGGUGGCCAUUGUCGCGCGCGUCGGCAUCGGCAAGUGGUCGUACGUCGCCGACAUGCUGGGCGGCCGCACCGACAACCAGUGCUGGCGCCACUGGCGCAGCCUGCACAAGCGCGGCAGCGCGCCCGACCCGCCG